AUGACAAGUCUUCAAAGAAGAGCAUUAUUAAAUCCAUCACUUUAUGUCCGCUCUAAUGUGCAUUUUUGUUUAAAUUACGAUUUUAUCAAAAGUUUAAUCUGUGACGAGAUGUACAACCAACUGGAUGCUAUUAUAUCAUUGUUUGAAACUGGUAAAUCCUUUUUAAAAUGGGUAAUGAAUAAGAGAUCAAAAGCUUUAGAAUUUCCAGUCCUAAUACCAGGCUACUUUGAAGAUAUAGAUUUAGAAUUUCAAAUCUAUGGCAGGACAAGUGCAAUUCGGUUUUCCUCAGUGGAGUAUUUUAUAACCCUAUAUAAAUUAAGGCUUAUCCAUAUAAAAUUCAAUAUACUAUUUUCAAGAUUCUCUCAAAAGACUUCAAAAGGUUUUUUAGAAAUAAAAGAAUUAAUAUCAAUUGCUUUAAAAAAAGACUAUGUCAAAAUUUUUCAAAUUUUAGUGCACUACAUCAAUUUAACAAAAUUAGAAUGUGAAAAGGUAUUAAAAGAAACAAAAUUUUCAUUAAUAAAGAAACCAUUCUUUUAA